AUGUGUGAGUAUCAUGGGACUCAUGGCCAUAAGACCGAAGACUGUUACCAAUUGAGAAAGGAGGUGGCUCGGUUGUUGAAAAAUGGUCACCUUCGUGAAUUCUUGAGUGACCGAGCCAAAGGACACUAUAAAGGCAGAGAAAAUCACAAACAUAUCAAGCUCGUGGAGCCGCAACACGUGAUCAAUAUGAUAAUCGGAGGACCAGAUAUACCACGAGGACCAAUGAUGAAGAGGACAAAGGUUUCAAUUGUUCGAGAGAAGCGGACUAGGGAUUAUAUGCCCAAAGGAUCUAUUUCCUUCAACGAUGAGGAUGCCGAAGGCAUCAUUCAGCCACAUAAUGAUGCGUUGGUAAUUUCUAUCCUUAUUUUUAAAUCUCAAGUUAAAUGUAUUUUUAUUGAUCCAAGUAGCUCGGCCAAUAUUAUCCGAUGGAGUGGUAGAACAACUGGAGCUGUUGGACCAAAUUGUGCUGAUAGCUCGUGUUAUUAG